AUGACCUCAGGGCACCCACGACCGACCCUACCCUGCUCAAAGGGCACCCACGACCGACCCUACCCUGCUCAAAGGGCACCCACGACCGACCCUACCCUGCUCAAAGGGCACCCACGACCGACCCUACCCUGCUCAAAGGCACCCACGACCGACCCUACCCUGCUCAAAGGCACCCACGACCGACCCUACCCUGCUCAAAGGCACCUACACCCUACCCUGCUCAAAGGCACCUACACCCUACCCUGCUCAAAGGCACCUACACCCUACCCUGCUCAAAGGCACCUACACCCUACCCUGCUCAAAGGCACCUACACCCUACCCUGCUCAAAGGCACCUACCCCUACCCUGCUCAAAGGCACCUACACCCUACCCUGCUCAAAGGCACCUACCACCCUACCCCUGCUCAAAGGCACCUACCACCCUACCCUGCUCAAAGGCACCUACCACCCUACCCUGCUCAAAGGCACCUACCACCCUACCCUGCUCAAAGGCACCUACCACCCUACCCUGCUCAAAGGCACCUACCACCCUACCCUGCUCAAAGGCACCUACCACCCUACCCUGCUCAAAGGCACCUACCACCCUACCCUGCUCAAAGGCACCUACUACCCUACCCUGCUCAAAGGCACCUACUACCCUACCCUGCUCAAAGGCACCUACUACACUACCCUGCUCAAAGGCACCUACCACCCUACCCUGCUAAAAGGCACCUACCACCCUACCCUGCUAAAAGGCACCUACCACCCUACCCUGCUCAAAGGCACCUACUACCCUACCCUGCUCAAAGAGUUUCUCAACCCAGAGGUGCAACAUCGCGAGACUUCCGGGAAUGCUAGCGAAACAAACCAAUAA